AAAAAGCUAUAUUAGAUUGAGUCUACAUGUGGAAAGAAUCUGAUCCACCCACCAAUAGAAAUAGAUCUGUGCCUACUGAGACUGGCAGGUCUAGAUGAUCCCGGUGGCGUUUGCGUAACGAUAUGCAAAUCUAUUCGUGGUCAAAAACGCAACUAAACUAGUGUCUGUUCUGUGUAUAGUAGCACCGUGUUACAGAACCCAGAACGCUCGGAUACACUCGCUCUUGUAUUUUCUCCAUCACAUGUGGUUUCUCGGCAGGGGGAGAGGAAGGGGGAGGAAGAGAGAGACUUCGCGGCCACUGGCGCAGGACCUGCUGAACUGAACACUUUUCACCCAGAAGCAUAUUUUAAGUGUUAAAACCUGCUGUUCACAACUAGGCUGACUAAUCCGAGGCGUCAUUUUUUUGAAGAAAUCGAAGAGCUUGGAGAGGAUGCUGAGUUUACGAGAAGCAGGUGCAUUGUGCCAAGUGGAGGAGGCGCAGGGACCAGAGCAGGACCAUGCCGCAUGCUCCAGACGAAAACUCAUCUGUUUAAGCUGCUGCUUAUUGCGCUUUUUCGUCUUAAAUUGACGGAUUGUUCGUUAACAGCAUGCAUCUCGUAACUAAGAGGAUGGAGAUGCCAUGGAACUGACGGACGCGCUGCGCUUUUGGGCAACAUUGUAGAGACUGGAGAGAAAACAAGCAUCAAGGACUUCUUUGUUGGCUUCUCACACGGCUGCUACACUGAAUUUAAUUCUCAAGGAGAUCCACAAAUCGUCUGCAAGCAUGACCGAAGCACCUUUUACGGCGAAGUCCCUCUACAUUGGGAUGGAGAUGCUAAUCGCGGUCGCCUCCGUGGUCGGGAACGUGAUGGUGGUUUGGGCGGUGAAAAUUAAUAAAUCCCUGCGAGACACCACGUUUUGUUUCAUCGUUUCUUUGGCUUUGGCGGACAUUGCAGUGGGGGCACUCGUCAUUCCUUUGGCCAUUACCAUUAGCAUCGGACUCCAAACUCAUUUCUACAGCUGCCUGCUCGUGGCGUGCACAGUGUUGGUGCUGACGCAAAGUUCAAUCCUGGCUCUUCUGGCCAUCGCGAUUGACCGGUACCUCAGGGUCAAGAUACCCACCAGGUACAAGCGAGUGGUUACCCCUCGGCGAGCCGGCCUGGCAGUGGUGAUAUGCUGGACAGUGGCUUUCAUUGUGGGGCUCACACCGAUGUUAGGCUGGAACAAUCUGAGGCGCCUCCAGCAGAACGACCCCAACAACACGGACCUUAUUAUAACAUGCCAGUUCGAAAACGUCAUCAGCAUGGACUACAUGGUCUACUUCAACUUUUUCGGAUGGGUGCUGCCACCUCUGCUGUUCAUGCUGGUGAUUUAUGCUGAGAUCUUUUACAUGAUCCACAAGCAGCUUAACAAUAAGAAACUUAAUACCAGCCACUCAGACCCCAACAAAUACUAUGACAAAGAGCUAAAUCUUGCUAAAUCUCUAGCACUGGUCCUUUUCCUCUUUGCAAUCAGCUGGCUCCCCCUUCACAUCAUUAACUGCAUCACACUCUUCUGCCCCGGGUGCAAAACGCCAAUAGUUCUCCUCUAUGUCGCCAUCCUGCUCACACAUGGCAACUCCGCCGUCAACCCAAUCGUCUACGCUUUCCGCAUAAAGAAGUUCCGCUCAGCCUUCCAGAAAAUCUGGCAGCAGUACUUCUGCUGCAAGGACACACCAGCGCUGGACUUCCAACACAGUGACAGAAAAGAGGUGCCCAAUCUGGUACCGCUGCAGCCUACUCCAAUCCCAUCUACUCAGAUAGAAAACCUUAAAUCAAACUUACAGCAGCCUCCACCAGAACCUCCAGAGGAGCAGAAGACCAAAACACCGCAGGAAGCCAAUGAACAUCCGCCUUCACUGGAGCACAACGCAGUCUAAGCAAAGGAUUAGAGCUAAUGGAUCCAGAGGUAAUGGUCAGUGCAAAAGCAGAAGCAUUAACUGCUACAGAGGACUACAGUAUUUUGGUGGAGUUGGCAAGAGUUCACUGGAAAUGAAUGAACUUUCCUCAGGUGGAAUGUGUUUACUCAAGGUUUAUAAGAGAGCAAAAAUAGAUAAAUAAAAAGCAGAGAGAGGUUUUAGAUAAACUUGCAAUAAAAGAAGUCCAUUUAACUGUGUUUUAUCUUAGUAAAAGACUGAAAACAUUAAGCUUUAACUGUCUUAUUCAGUAUGGUGAAACAUUUGGAGUGAACUCUACAAAAUGUGCAAUAUAAGUUAUUGUGGCGGUGCAGUAUACGAUUCUUAAAAAGUUACAACUUGCCUGGACAUUAAUACAUCAAAUAGAGCAGGGUAAUCCCACUACUGUAAUGCUGUGUGUGUGUGUUUAAAAUGACAGUGGCAAAAUAAUAUGAAUGUAAUAAUGUAAAUAUGAGACUGUUGCAGCGCAGCUGCGAAUGGUCAUUUCUUCUUCAGGGUCAUAAUUGCACAACAACGUUUAAAGGAAGAAGUACAAAUGGGGAGAUUUUUUUAUCAGCAACAUGCCGCAGAGAACGUUUUAUAAUCUCUUUUGUCUAUUCACCAGACCUCAGGCCCUCUGUGAUCUCACAGCAGUUUCCAUUGCAGAGAAAGGAAUGGAAAAAGAAAUAAGUACAUGGUGGCAUCGGGAAGAUUGAAGAUUUUAGAGGCUACAUGCAAGAAUCGUGUAGCAGCUACUCAUAGGAGGCAAACCCAGCAUGCACUCACAGUUCUUCUUUGUCUAGGUAAUGGUGAGUUUUUUCCAAGUGACAGCAACACAAAACCACAACAAACUGUGGCUUCUAUGGCCUUAUAAACUAUUUUGACUCAUAUGGGCUGCACUCCAACUGACCUAGAAAUGACAACCUUAAGAUUGUGACCAUUUAUUACCCUGUAAAUUUGUAUUAUGCUAAUCUGUCAUUGAUCUGUAGGUUAAUGGCAAACUAAUGUAAAAAGUGGCUUUCACUUAAACUCACUUUAUGGGAAUGUAACAUAAUUUGUUUUGUCCUUUGUAAAGACUAAUGAGUUUGGGCCAAAACACUUGACUGAUGUUCUAGAUUCUGUGACAAUCUCUCGUGUAAGGUGAAGACAUCUUAGACAACUACGUCAAACGUCUCACGUGUUGGGAAACCUUAACACCGUCAACUGUAUUGUCAGUUGAAUUUGUAAAGAAAUACACAAACAGAUAUACCUCCAAAAGGGAAAAGAUGAAAAAAAAGUAUACUAUUGAUGUGUUUUCUGUACAUAAUGCCACUUAAAGCCUAUAUUUAUCAUUCCCAUUCCAUUAGAAUAGUGGAAUACACAUUCAUUUGUGAUGAUUUCAAUAGUAUCAUGAAAGAUUUCUGAUGCAAAUGUUGAAGAUAUGUGACUAGAUUCUUGCUAAAUUAUAUUCUACCCUUGUUUCCUUAAAAUUGUGGUUAUAAACUAAAGCUAAUUUGUACAAGCAGAUAUGAUUUGAGGGCACAAUCAUGCAGAUCUGUUUUCUUCCAUCAUAUGUUAGGCAGCUGCCUUAAUUACAAGCUGCAAAUUAGUGAUACCACACAUACAAAAUCUGGCUUUACUGUAAAUUAUGGUUUAUCACUGAUUGCUGCAUUAUCGAAAAAUUCAUAGUUAUGUGUUUGUAACAAAAGCACUAUUGUUGAGAUAGAAAACUGAUCUUGAUAUCAUGCGUAAAUCAUUAUUCACCAUCUAACAAAAAGCACAAUUGUAGCUGAGCCAUAAUAAAAGUGCAUUAUCAACGUUUGGGUGUUAUCCACACUAUCAGGUGUCAAAGUCUGCAUUUUAUGACGUAAUAUCUGUACGCAUCUGGAAUAUGUGUUUGCAGUGCUUGUAUUACUCCAAUCAAAGGCUGUUAAUUAUGGUCAAAGGUAAGCCUUAGACCAUAAUCAUUCACACUGUAAAGAACCACAGAAAUUGAACUUGUCUGAACUUAUCAACUUAAAAAAUCAGGACCAUGGAUCAAUUAAUGUUUUACAAAUUAUACGCCUAUGAAUACGUUUCUCUGAAGUUUGCUGUUUACUGUACAUACAAGGUUGAGCAUUUUAGCUUUCUUCUAUUGUUUUUUAUUUUUUGGCUUUCUGGUCUUGUUUUGCUGAUUUCAGAUCAAAUAAACCAGGCCUAUUUAUAGUAAAAAGAUUAGUUACGGUGUUCUGCAUAUGUAGUGUGAAAAAAAGUAUCUUACUGCGGGAAGCUGUAUCAAAUGUAAAAACAGAUAUAGUGAACAAUAUAAAAUCGGUUAAUGAAGAGGACACAAUUUUUCAGUAUUGUGUUUACAUUUACAUACAGAGACUAAGCAACUGCUCAUUUUUUUCAAACCGUUGUGAAUUAUUUUUUCAUUUUUGUUACUGUUCAUACCUCUUGCUGUGACUUCAGUUCCUGAGUUGUACUAUUUAAGCAAUCAACUAUUCUAAAUCCUGAAUUUUGUAUUUGUACCAAUAAUGUGGCACAAUGGUGCAGAGUGGCUCUUAGAUAAUGCUCAAGAGUUGUCAUAACUCUGACAACCCACUUCCCUUCUGAAAAUAUUAACUCAUUUGAUAUGUGGAAACGUGUGAAAUUCCACACCAUAAUCCAAGUCAGGACUGCUCACUGUGCUGUGUCUGCAAGGUCUCCUGACUUGCUGUCAACUAAUCCUUUUUCUUCCUCACUCUGAGAUAUAAUUCAGAAUCCACACAAAGGACAAUGCCUCCUUUUUCUAAGUAAUCAAGUGGGCCAGAGAGCUUUUAUGAAUCAAUAAUGUUUUUCACAUUGUAUAUCUAUUUCAGUCUCACGUACUAUUUUUAUGCUGGGUUCCAUUACAAGAUUACAUUUGAAGUGGAAGGUGUUUUAAGAUAAGAACAAGCAAGGAAAGAAAAUACAAAAGAUGUGGGCUUCCAGCGAGACAGCUGAGGUGACCUAUGAAGGACCGUG